AUGGAAAAGAAAAGAACAAGUGAUGAGUUUGAACCAGGACCUGUUCAUCCUUCACAACCAGUGGACAGGUUUGAAUUUAUAAAACAAGAGCAGAACUCUCCAGAUGUUAUAACUAAAAGCAGGCCUGCCAAUGAACAUGAAAGGUAUGCAUCAGAGUUGGAUAUAAUUCGUGACAUAUCUCACUUUCCUUCGCAUGUUUCUUUCAACAGAGGCAUGGGACCGGGCCAAAGGUCCCUAUACAAUGUUCUGAAGGCAUACUCUGUGUAUGACAGGGAUGUUGGAUUAUGUUCAGGGGAUGGGAUUUUAGCAGGUUUGUUGCUUCUCUAUAUGAGUGAAGAAGAUGCAUUGCUUUUAGUUGCUUUGUUGAGGGGGCUGUUCAUGCACCCAUGGAAGGGCUUAUAUCUGGCAGGUUUGCCGCUUGUCCAACAAUACUUAUUUCAGUUUGAGCAAUUAGUGAAAGAACAUUUGCCAAAAUUGGGUCAACAUUUUUCUGAAGAAAUGAUUAAUCCAAGCAUGUAUGCAAGUCAAUGGUUCAUUACUGUUUUCUCGUACUCAUUCCCUUUCUCUUUGGCGCUUCGCAUCUGGGAUGUAUUUCUCUAUGAGGGGGUCAAAGUUGUUUUUAAAGUUGGGUUGGCUUUGUUGAGGUUCUGCCAUGAUGACUUGAUAAAACUUCCUUUCGAGAAACUUAUACAUGCUUUGCGUAACUUCCCCGAAGAUGCAAUGAAGCCAGAUACACUCUUACCACUUGCCUUCUCAAUCAAGGUUUCAAAACGCCUGGAAGAGCUUAAACAAGAAUAUGAGAGAAGAAAUGCGGGAUCAUUACAGCAAACAGGGUCCACCAAUAGGCAGCUGCUGGCUAUUAGGAAUAAAGAGUUUUCUAUCAGGACUGAAACGAGCAAAUGUGUACUGAAAGAUGAUCCAUCUCGCUGAACCCUCACAGCGAAAUGGGGACAAUAAUAUGAAAGUAACAUUGUAAAGUGUAUGCCAAUUCUUUUUUUUCAUUCUUUCGUUGUAUCAGUUAUUAUGUCAAACUCUGGCUUUGUCUGUUAAGUAAUAAGACCAAGUUCUUUCAGUCUA